AUGAUUGAUCAGGUUGAACAGAGUACUUACUCUAUUCAUCCCCUAACCAGCGCAAAUGUCGACAAGGCGUCUGAACACGGUCGUUCCCAGCCAAUCCUCGUUGGGAAGACAAUGCUCUGCCUGGCCUGA